AUCGUGACAACCGGUCGCACAGUUUGCCGAAUCGAGGAUCAAGCUAUUCAAGUUCGUUCAGUUUCAGCAUGGAGUGCCCUGAAGCGAUGGAACGAGGCCGGAACUUUCGUCUGCUCGCCGAGGAGGAGUUGCCUGAACUCUUGGACUUCCUUGCUGGGUAUUUGCCUGAAUCCUUAAAGUUCCAUCAAACUUUGCUGACCUACAUGCGUGACAAGGUAUGGGACUUUCAUUUCUACGUGGCCAACGACUGGCCCGAGGAUGCCAUCUGCCUGCAUUUUCCGGGUAUGACGCUAUCCCCCCACGGUUUGCUCCACGAGAGCGUGGGCGUCUUUUGUCCCAACGACCGACUGGAGCUGCUCAAGUUGCUGAGGGACGAAGACAUUCUGAUUGACUGGUCGAAGCCGCUCUACAUCAAUUUCGUUCAUUACGACAUCGCCGAGGAGCUGACCCGUCUCUACGAGGACACCGGAACCAUCGAGAGGGUGGUGGGCGAUGUUUUCGUUUGCGAGAACACGGGGAACGUCGACGACGCGUUGGAACCGGAUGACGAGGCCAAUCCGGAUGUUCAGGUGCUGCCGUUGAAGGCGGAACACGCCGAGGCGAUCCACGAACUGUAUCCGGCGAACGAUAUGGAGUGUCACGAGGUUUUUCUGCGGUUGAUCAGAUCCCUACCAGCGGCCGGUGUGUUCUGCAAAGGCAGCCUGGCCGCCUGGAUGGUGCAAUCCUAUUACGGGGCGAUGUUCUCCAUGCAAACCAAGCCGCAAUACCGGAGGAAGGGUUACGGAACGAAAUUAGCAAGGUACCUGACGAAACGGGUGGCCGAAAGGGGCUACCGGCCUUUCGUAGUGAUACGCCCGGAGAACGAAGCUAGCCAAAACCUGUACAAGAAGCUGGGAUUCGGGAAGCUGUAUCAAACGGUUCGUAUGACGUUCAUGCCGUCGACGUGGCACGACGCGGAGAACGAAUCGAGCACCGUAUUGAGGGACAACUUGGAGAACGCGGUUAGGCAACUCACGAUCGAACAGAAGGUGCUGAACGCUUUUCAAAAUGAAGAGACAGUCGUUCAGGAGGAACUGGUAGUAGAGGAUGCGGAAGAAGUUGAAGAAGUCGUCGAGGAAUUCGACGAUGCGUCGGAACAGCCGGAUGUUGCUGACGAGGAAUCCGAGGGACGAAUAGAAAUGACCGAGCAGCAGUCCCUCGAAGAAAUCGCAGAAGAACCGGCCGAGGAGGCUGAGGAAGUAGCGGAGAACGAGGAAUCGUCGGGAAAUGUCGCGGAAACGCCAAACGACGUCGGCGGCGAUCAGGACGACGGUGGAACGGACGCCGGAGACGCGGAAUAAUUAAAUAUACAUACGAUUGUUCGAUAAAUGGUCCACGAUUUAAGUCACGCCGUUCGCUUGAAGAUGGCUCUCCCCGUCGGGGCAGACAGGACCUUGCCCCACGUGAAAAAAACGAAAGAAAAAAAGUAUUCAUCGAUCGAAACAUUUAGGUAACAAGACUAACGAUUUUUGACGAACAAUCAGAACGAAACUCGACGUGUAUCAUUUUUUAGACUUACGGGAGAGAAAAAAUUACAUCAGCGUACUCGCUUUAGACGAUUUAACCGGUAGCUUUUGUAAAAACGAAUCGAAUCGACGAACAAUUGAAAGUAAUCAGUUGUGAUAAAACGUAAUUCACCGCGAACGAUCGAUGAUGUGUCCUAAAUGGGGCGCCUUCUCGCCGGUGAGAGCCAUCGAUGCGACGCGUGGCGAC